ACCCACCCACCUCCAGCCUCUCUCUGUCCGCUCGCCUCUUCCUGGAUCUGACGCCCGCAUCUGAUAAGUUCUGAAGAUGAGCUACCCAGGUUACCCACCCCAGGCCGGAGGCUACCCACCCCAGGCAGGUGGCUACCCACCCCAGGCAGGCGGGUACCCACCCCAGGCAGGCGGCUACCCUCCAGCAGCAGGCGGCUACCCUCCAGCAGCAGGCAGCUACCCUCCAGCGGCAGGAGGCUACCCCCAACAGGCAGGCGGAUUCGGACCUCAAGCUGGCGGUUACCCUCCUGCAGCGGGCGGUUACCCUCCAGCAGCAGGCGGUUUCCCUCCAGCAGCAGGGGGCUUCCCUCCCCAGGCUGGUGGCUACCCUGCCCCAGCUGGAGGCUUCCCUCCUCAGGCAGGCGGAUACCCACAGCCUGGAGCAGGCGGCUAUCCGUCCAUGCCUCCAGCAAGUGGAGGCUGGGGAGCAGCACCAGCUGGCUAUGGAGCGCCAGGAGGAGCUCAGCAGGGACACCCAGGGGGUCCCGCCCCUGGUCAGCCCAUGCCAAACUACCCCGGGGCCCCUGCAGCGAGCCCCUCCAUGCCUGCAUAUGGAGGUGGAGCUCCAUCUACCCCCCAGGCGCCUGCCAUUCCUCAAGGUUACAGGGGUUCUAUUAAGGAUUGUCCAGGUGCUGAUCCUCUGAGGGAUGUUGAAGUUCUUCGAAAGGCGAUGAAGGGUUUCGGCACUGAUGAGAAUGCCAUUAUUGAACUCCUGGGAAGUCGCACCAACAAGCAGCGGGUUCCAAUGGUAGCAGCCUACAAAACCACUUAUGGAAAGGAUUUACUCCGUGAUCUGAAGUCUGAGCUCACUGGAAACUUUGAGGACCUGGUUCUUUCCAUGUUGAAGACCCCGGGACACUUUGAUGCAUCUGAGCUCAGAGAGGCUAUAAAGGGGGCUGGAACCGAUGAGGCUUGUCUCAUUGAGAUUUUGUCAUCACGCUCCAACGCAGAGAUUCAAGAGAUCAACAGAAUCUACAAAGCUGAGUACGGGAAGACCCUGGAGGACGCCAUCAGCAGCGACACCUCCGGUCACUUCCGCAGACUCCUGAUCUCCCUCUCUCAGGGGAACCGUGAUGAAAGGGAGACUGUCGACAUCUCACUGGCCAAACAGGAUGCUCAGAAACUGUAUGCUGCUGGGGAGAAUAAAGUGGGAACUGAUGAGUCCCAGUUCAAUGCCAUCCUGUGCGCUCGCAGCAGGCCUCACCUUCGUGCAGUCUUCCAGGAGUACCAGCAGAUGUGUGGGAGGGACAUUGAGAAGAGCGUCUGCAGGGAAAUGUCUGGCAACUUGGAGUCUGGCAUGGUGGCUGUGGUGAAAUGCAUCAAGAACACCCCCGCCUACUUUGCAGAGAGGCUGCACAAGGCCAUGCAGGGGGCAGGGACCAAGGACAGAACCCUGAUCCGUAUCAUGGUGUCUCGCUCUGAGAUCGACAUGCUGGACAUCAGGCAGGCGUAUGUAAGGACCUACGGGAAGUCACUGUACACCCACAUCUCAGGCGAUACCUCCGGGGAUUACAAGAAGCUGCUGCUGAAGCUGUGCGGAGGCAGCGACUAAACAGACGGGAAGACGAGCUCGAUGCGUCCAGACUGAAACGAUGUAGUAGGACCUUGUAUCCCCGGUGAUGCAUGCAGUUAAUUUCUCGAUGACACCAGUAAAUCAAUAUUCAUUUUUGUAUUUUAUUUUGCUACCGUAUGUGUAAGAUACAGUAGAAGAUUGAAGAAUCAGGCUCUGGAAGAUGCAGUAGAUACCUUAAUCGUUAUCGGGUAUUUGGUGGAGUCACGUCGAGCGACAUGUGUGUGCCUGAACAUUUCAUACUAAAUAAUAUUUUACUUAUAUCACUGUAAUGAAUGUAAACUAACUCGACACCAUAGAAUGACAUUUAAAGUGUGCCACACUUCCCUGAAACCUAAAGUCUUUAUCAGUUUGUAAGUUUUACUUAAAGAAAAUGUAAUUUGCAGAAGAAAACAGAACCUAUAAUGAAGAACGAGGCCAACGUGCCAUUUAUGUAAUAUAUAAAUUACCUUUACGAGAAAUUAUUUAGAGCCUUGCUUUUUUUAAAUUGCAUUAUUGCCAAGCAUCUCAACUGUGUUAAAGUAUUUCCAGAGCUGUGUGAGACUAAACAUUAACGAUCACCUGUUGAGACGAUCACAUUUAAAUUUCAGGUAAUUUCUGAAUGUAGGAAACGAAAAUCUCCAGAAGGCAUCUCAUCUGUGUGUGUUCACUAACUCCAAUCGUACUCCUGCUUGCAAGUCUAUGCAAAUGAUAUAUAACCUUUCCAAUCAUGGUUCAACAUUUCUAAUGUUAACUUUCCCUCAGUGCUGAAGAGCCAAAGUCUAGAGACGGAUGUCUUUGUGCCUUUGUGAGCGCUACUGUGUUAAACUGGUGGAGCUAGUUGACGUCUCACUGUGGUAUAUCAUGCAAACAAUCUAUAAUCACACAUGUACGGCUGCAUAAAUGUAGUCUUUACGUUGUUUCUCAAUAUUGUGUUUACGUCUUUCACAGUGUUCCGUGCUGGUUGGUCUGUUUUGCUGCCAGCAGGGGGCUCCUGGUUCCCAUCAUUUCAUACUUGUGUGUGUGUGUGUGAUUGUUCUGCCUGCUGACUUGGAGUUUUGUUUUGAACCGAGUGUCUCCUGCAAUAUCUACUUCUCCAUUAUCCUUGUAUCAGAAUAAUGGUUGCAAUUCAAUGGAUGCCUUUAAAAAAAAGAAUCAAAACAGCUACUUCUCAUUUAAAUAAAUAAUAAUAAUGAAAAAAACA